AGCCUGUCGGCGCCGGCGCGGGACGAGACGCCGCCGCCGCCGCGGCCGCCGCCGGCCCGGACCCCCGCCCGAGGACCCCCGCCGCCGCCGCCGCCGCGCUCGCCAUGGCCUGCCGGCCGCGAAGCCCCUCUGGCUGCGGGAGCCGCCGCGACGGCGACGCCAGCGCGCCGCCCCCGACGAGAGGGAGCCUCGGACGCAAGCGCAGAGCCGACGGGCGGCGCAGGAAGCCCGAGGACGCCGAGGGCCCCGCGCAGCCGGCGGGCGACGGCCGGCCGGACAGUUUUACCACUCCUGAAGGCCCGAAGCCCCAUUCUAGAUGUUCAGACUGGGCAAGUGCAGUUGAAGAGGAUGAAAUGAGGACCAGAGUUAACAAAGAAAUUGCAAGAUAUAAAAGAAAACUCAUAAAUGACUUCGGGAGAGAGAGAAAAUCCUCAUCAGGAAGUUCUGACUCCAGGGAGGCGGGGUCCACGGUGCCAGCUGACUUAGAGACAGAUGAGAGCGUCCUGAUGAGAAGGCAGAAGCAGAUCAAUUACGGGAAGAACACCAUCGCCUACGACCGCUAUAUUAAAGAAGUCCCGAGACACCUUCGACAACCCGGCAUCCAUCCCAAGACCCCCAACAAAUUCAAGAAGUAUAGUCGACGAUCGUGGGACCAGCAGAUCAAGCUCUGGAAGGUGGCUCUGCAUUUUUGGGAUCCUCCAGCUGAAGAAGGAUGUGAUUUGCAGGAAAUACAUCCUGUGGACCUCGGCGAGAUGGAGACGGAGUCUGCAGAAAGCAGCUCCGAGUCCCAGACAAGCUCUCAGGACAACUUCAUUUUAUUUAUUUGAGAGAGAGAGAAUGAGAGACAGAGAGCAUGAGAGAAAGGAGGGUCAGAGGGAGAAGCAGACUCCCCGCCGAGCAGGGAGCCCGAUGCGGGACUCGAUCCCGGGACUCCAGGAUCAUGACCUGAGCCGAAGGCAGUCGCUCAACCAACUGAGCCACCCAGGCACCCUGCCUCUUCAUUUUUAAAGCAGUGGUUUUUGAAGAGCAAAUAUUUUCAAUGUUGAUAAAGUUCAAUUUAUCAGUUUUUUUAGAAACUUUAUUGUUUGUGCCUUUUGUGUAUUUUUAAAUAUAUUUCUGUUACCGGCUUCUUGUUUAAUUCUGUUGUAGUCAGAGGAUGGGCCCUGUAGGAUUUCUGUCGGAUUUCUGUCCUGUUAGGUGUGUUCAGUAGAUGGUGACCCAGCACGCGGUCUGUCGUGAAGAAUGUUCCAGGUGCGCUGGAGAACGGGCUGAAACUGGUGGGGAGUGGUGUUGAUGUGCGCGGCAUCCCUCCUGAGUUUUCAGACCGACUUGCUCUGUAAGCCGCUCUCCACGGGCCGAGAGGAGUGUUGAAAUUUCCACAUAUAAUUGUGGGUCUGCCUGUGUCUCCCCUUAGUUCCGUUGGCUUUUUACUUCAUGUGUCUCUGAGCCCUGCUCUUAGGGUCCUUGCAUCUUUCUGAAGAAACAAUCCUCUUCUCCUUAGAAGACGUCUUUCUUGCUGCCUGGUAACUCUCCCAGCCUUCCCCCCCCCCCCGUGGUAAGCAAUUUGUUUUUCUACCUCUGUUGUUUACAGGGGGAGCAAAUAAAACGUCAUUAGGGAGAAGCAAGACGAACUGUUACAGAGAUGAAGAGAGUUCACCGUGGCUAACGCGUUUGUGAGGCAGGCAUACUAGGCCAGCUCAGCAAAGCAGCUGAUAGCAGACCUAAGUAAGGGGCGGGGGGGAGCCAUACGGAUUUGUUUAAAAAAAAAAAAGCACUUCUGAAAAAGCCUGCGGGAAAAUAAAAGGAAACCAGUUACCUCAAGCAUCUUUAACGAGAUGAGCAAAAGCACCCAGGUUGGGUCUCAGGGACACGGACAUUCGGACAGAUGGCUCUGCUCACACCCCUGGUGAGGUCCUCCGAGAAACAUCGUGAUCACCGGGGUCGCGCCGGGAGUCCUUGCUGCCGCCUCAG